ACUCCAGUGUGUGAUAUUUCCAGGUGUGCGCCCACAUCAUGGCUCUGAAGCGUCUUGCCCUCUCUGCAGGAUUACUGCUUUUCCUUGCGGUCAACCGGUCGUUCUCAGUCAUCCCAGUGGAGGAGGAAAGCCCCCAUUUCUGGAAUACCAAAGGGAAGGAAGCCCUGAGCCGAGCCCUGAACCUGCAACCCAACCUGCACCGAGCCAAGAACCUCGUCCUCUUCCUGGGAGACGGAAUGGGCGUCUCCACGGUGACAGCAGCCCGGAUCCUGAAAGGCCAGAUGGCGGGAAAUCCAGGCGAGGAGACCGUCUUGACUAUGGAGGCAUUCCCCUACCUCGCCCUGUCUAAGACCUACAACGUUGACCAGCAGAUGCCAGACAGCGCGGGCACGGCCACCGCCUACUCGUGCGGCGUCAAGGCGAACUACGGCACCCUGGGCCUCAGCGCGGCCGCCCGGCGCUACCAGUGCAAAACCGCGCACGGCAACGAGGUCACGUCCGUGCUGCAUCGAGCCAAAAUGGCGGGGAAGUCCGUGGGCAUCAUCUCCACGGCGAGGGUCCAGCACGCCUCGCCCGCGGCCUCCUACGCCCACUCGGCCAACCGGGCGUGGUACAGCGACUCCGACCUGCCCCCCGACGCAGUGCGGGACGGCUGCCGCGACAUCGCCUACCAGCUCGUAUACAACACCGAGAUCGACGUGAUACUGGGAGGGGGUCGGACAUAUAUGCUGCCCAAUGACACGGCAGACCCUGAGUACCCUUCCUCCAGAGGAGACCGAUGGGAUAAGACCAACCUCAUUACAGAAUGGCUGAAAAACAAGAAGAAAGCGAAAUAUGUCUGGAACAAAGCUCAGCUUGAUGACGUGGACGAGGACGACACAGACUACUUGAUGGGGCUGUUUGAGCCAAAGGACCUCAGAUACGAACUGGACCGGAACCCGCUGACUGACCCCUCCCUGACGGAGAUGGUGGAGAAAGCCAUCAAGAUCCUGCGCAAGAAUUCCAAAGGAUACUACCUGUUUGUGGAAGGGGGGAGAAUAGACCACGGGCACCACGAUGGCAUAGCCGGUCACGCGCUGACGGAAGCCGUGGAGUUCGACAAGGCCCUACAACGAGCCACGGAGCUGACGAGCGAACUGGAUACUCUUAUGGUGGUGACGGCCGACCAUUCCCACGUCUUCACCUUCGGAGGCUACUCCGCCAGAGGGAACCCCGUUUUAGGACUGUCACGAGAGAUAGCCGAGGAUAACAAAACCUUCACUACUGCUCUGUACGGAAACGGACCAGGAUACCAGAUACUUAACGGGACUCGUCCUGACCCAAACAAUAUCACGACAGAGUUCCGUGUGUUCAUGCAGCAGGCGGCCGUGCCCCUGGAUUCCGAGACGCACGGCUCGGAGGACGUGGCGAUCUACGCCAGGGGCCCCAUGGCGCACCUGUUCCACGGCGUUCAGGAGCAGAGCUACGUCGCCCACGUCCUGGCCUACGCCGCCUGCCUGGAGCCGUACGCGGACUGCGUGCUGCCAGACGGGGCGGCGGCGCUGCAGUCCGGCCUGCUCCUGCUGCUGCUCCCGGUGUCCCUGGCCUCGCUGCUCUCCGUCUGACCCCGCCCCCUCUCCUCUGCGUCCCGCUGCCGUUAAACCGGGCGAGAGGCUCGCCUUUUACACCACGGACUGCACUGCUGGUCCCGUCGUCUCCUGUUAACGUGCAGCACACACACACAGUUAGGUUAUUCUAUGGUAACCAGCCCUGUUCCUGGAGAUCUACCGCCUUGUAGGUUCUCACUCCAACCCUACCAAAGCACAAUCUUUCAACAGCUGCAAAUUAGUAGAGUCAGGUAUGCUGGAUUAGGGCUGUAAUGAAAACCUACAGGAUGGUAGGCAUCCAGGAACAGGGUUGGCAACCACUGUUUUAAGUUAUUACAUCUCAUAGUUAUUAUUACUCUGUCAGAUGACAGCAGCGACGGUUGGUGAGCUGAAAAUUGGUGGGGCAGAAAACUUUCUGCUGAGUUGAACUAAGCUUCAGGGUAGAGAUAUUGAGAAUAAUUUAUUUGUAACAACAAAUUAUUCUUUAUUAAAACCUAAUGAAAUUCUUCUGUGAAGAAAGCACAUGCGGGUGUGUUUUUAAACUUAUUUGCACAACUGAACCCUGACAAAGUCAAACAUUAAUCCCCUUUUUGCUGAAUAUUUUGAAACUUGGCUUUUGAAGUUCAUGUCAUUUGACCUGAAUCAUCAAUAAAGAACAUGUGUAUAAUG